UGUAUUUAACUUUUCAUAACAUUAGGUCAACUAUCAAGACAUAGGUUAUGCAGGCAUAAGCGCAUUUAUUUUACUUUACAAUAUAAUAAAUGUUGUACAUUCUACUAAUUUCUCUGUAUUACUCCUGUAUUUAAAUAAAGGUCCUGAAUAUUUCAUAAAUGGCUCAUGUUUCAUACCCAUUUAAGAAAACUAAUAAGGCUGUAUUUCAAAAACCAGCCUCUGUAGUAACACAGGAUUCAUUAUAUUGGAAAAAACUUGGUUUACCUGUCCUAGUUAAGGAAUUUGGGGCCGUAGAUUAUAUUGAUUUUAGCCCUGUGGAACCUUACUAUUUUGCAGCAACAUGCUCAGUUAGAAUACAGGUGUAUGACCCUAUAACAAAAGCAGUUGCAAAAAAUAUAUCAAAAUUUGUUGAAGCUGCUUAUGGGGCAACAUUCAGAAAUGAUGGACGUCUUAUUGUGGCUGGAAGUGAAGAAGGAGCAGUCAAACUUUUUGAUGUUCAAUCAAAAAAUGUGCUUAGAGUUUUCAGUGGACAUACAGCACCGGUUCACAGAACAUUUUUUACAAAAGAUCAACUGAAGGUGCUAAGCUUUUCAGAUGACAAAUCUGUUUGUGUUUGGGAUAUAGCAACAGAAGAAAAGAUUGCUAGUUUCUCCGAGCAUUCAGAUUAUAUCAGGACUGGUGCUCCUAGCCCCAUAACUCCUGACAUCAUCCUAUCUGGAGGCUAUGACAAUACUGUUAAACUUUAUGACUGUCGUUGUAAUGAAACAGUUCUUACAGUUAACCACGGAGCUCCUGUUGAAUCAACACUAUUUCUUCCUUCAGGAGGUAUAUUUGUAAGUGCUGGAGGAACAGAAAUCAAAGUAUGGGAUAUGUUCAAUGGAGGAAAACUAUUAGCCAAUAUUUCAGAACACCACAAAACAGUUACAACAUUAAGACUUGCAAGCAAUAAUAGUAGAUUAUUAUCAGGAUCUUUGGAUAGACAUGUAAAAAUUUUAGAUCUAACAUCGUUUAAAGUGGUCCACAAUAUUGAUUUUCCGAAUGCUAUUUUAAGCAUGGAUAUUUCAGCACAUGAUGAUGUCCUUGCUGUAGGUAUGAUUGAUGGUGUUAUUUCAAUUCGUAAGAGAGAACAACCAGUAAAAAGUUCUAAUGACAAAAAAGGCUUAUUUAAAUUUGCUCCUGAUCAUAUAACAGAUGUAGUUGCUGUUGACACCAAACAACCAAAAUAUAAAGAUAAAAAUGAAGAAUUUGAGAGAGAAUAUGAUAAAUGUCUCAGAAAAAUGGAGUUCACUAAAGCUUUAAAUAUUGUUUUGAAGAGCUAUGUUGCAACAAAAUAUCCUGAAAGGACCAUUGCUACAAUACAAGAAAUGUUAAGGAGAAAAGUUUUGCAUGUUGCAAUGGAUGGCUUACCUGAAAAAAAUGUAAAAGAUCUCUUAAAAUUUUUCAGUAGAAACCUUGGUGUAACAAGAUUUACCAGAACAGUCAUAGAUGCGGCCAAUGUGUUUGUUGAUGUUUUUGAGAAUAAAAUUUCUUUUUUUUCGGAAGAGAUAAUUUGUCUGUAUAUUGUAUUACAAGAAGAGAUAAAGAGUGAAAUUAAUGUGUGCAAGCAGAUCAGUGAGCUGGAGGGUGCAAUUGGUUUGCUUUUAUCAGCAGCUCAAACAAGCAACAUUAGAGAUAGUAUAGAGAACAGUGACAUCUUAGCACCAUCAAGUAAAGCACAAAGAGAAAUUGUUAUUGAUGUGUAGAUAAAUUCUAAUAAAUUAUUAUGAUAAGA